AUGUGGGAAGCAUUCUUAGCUAUUCUCACUUUGUCUAUGGCAACAGGUGCUGCCCCAGAACAGCGCUGUAAGUACGAUGACGUUCUUCAGUACCUAAAUAUCUCCUCUGAAAAGGCACCCCCACUACAUACAAUACCCAAGGAAAAUUGGAAAGAGCCGUUGAAAGUGGAGACACAAUUUAUACUGAUUUCCAUCCUCUCGGUGACUGAAAAGCUUCAAACUGUCACAGUCUAUUUCUUAGUGACCAUGGAGUGGAAAAAUGUCUUUGUGACUUGGAAUCCUCAGGAUUUCUGUAACAUUUCCAAACUCGUUCUGCCAGUGGAUACAUUUUGGUCCCCAUAUAUCAUCAUUUAUGAACAAGUGGAUGAAGAGAAAUCUCUCAGCAGGCCCUUUCUGUCCAUCACUCACAACGGCAUCAUUAGCACAACCCAACAGCACCAGACCACCAUAACGUGCAGCUUGGAGAUGCACCAGUUUCCAUUUGACACCCAGACGUGCACCAUGAGCAUAUCCUCAGUUAUGUAUUCAGUAACAGACAUUGUACUCCUGUCCAAUCAGACAACAGAAGAGGCGAAUAAACAAAGCCAACUUUAUCACCUGACCAAUGGAGAAUGGAAGUUCAUGAACAUAAACAUCAUAGAAUACACAGAGUCAGUGGACAAAGAAGAGUUUGCUGUGAUCAUCUAUCAGAUCUCCAUGAAAAGACGACCCAUUUUAUACGUUUUGAACCUUAUCUUUCCAACAUGUGUGCUCUACUUAUUGGAUAUGGCUAUUUUGUUCAGUGCCAGCUCUUAUGGGGACAAGAUCAGCUUCCAGCUGUCACUCAUCAUUGGAGAGUCUGUGUUAGCUCUGAUUCUUAAGGACAUUCUUCCCACUUCUUCCGAUGACCCACCCAUAAUAGUGAUGUUUUUCAUAGGUGUCUUUGUCCUAAUGAUUAUGGGUGUAUUGGAGACCUGCCUAUUAAUGCAGCUGAAGAAGAAACCCCUACACCCUAUACUCAAGGCUAUGAAACUGCUGAGAUGCCGCAAGCAAGCUAGAACAACAUCUGGAACCCUCCUACGCAAGCAGGGUUGGUGUUUGGUUACCUACAUGUGAAUACUCUGUAUCCAGUAGCAGGGUUCUGUCAGUAGGGAGCCCCUUAUCUCUGGAAAUCAAUCACGUUAGCAGGCUUAGAACCCAUGUCCACUGUGUUUCAGGCCACAUUUGAUCAUAAAUUCACACAGACACCUAUCU